AUGUCGGACAAGCUCCCCGCCGCGCUUAACGCCACCGAGGAUGACAUCCAGCUCCUCCUUGCUGCCCAGGCCCACCUCGGCACCAAGAACUGCGAGAAGUCGAUGGAGUCGUACGUCUGGAAGCGCCGUGCCGACGGCAUCCACGUCCUCAACGUCGGCAAGACCUGGGAGAAGCUCGUCUUCGCCGCCCGUAUCCUCGCCGCCAUCGAGAACCCCAACGACAUCUGUGUCAUCUCGGCUCGCCCCUACGGCCACCGUGCCACCCUCAAGUUCGCGUCGUUCACCGGCGCCCAGGCGAUCGCCGGCCGCUUCACCCCCGGUUCGUUCACCAACUACAUCACCCGCUCGUUCAAGGAGCCCCGCAUCAUUGUCGUGACCGACCCCCGCGUCGACCACCAGGCUAUCCGCGAGGCCGCCUACGUCAACAUCCCCGUCAUCGCCUUCUGCGACACCGACGCCCCCCUCAAGUUUGUUGACGUUGCCAUCCCCUGCAACAACAAGGCCCGUCACUCGAUCGGCCUCAUGUGGUACCUCCUCUGCCGUGAGGUCCUCCGCCUCAAGGGCUCGGUUCCCCGUGGCCCCACCGGUCCCUCGGGCUGGGACGUCCUCCCGGACCUCUUCUUCUACCGUGACCCGGAGGAGAUUGAGCGUGAGCAGGCUGAGAAGGCCGCCGCCGCCGAGGCCGAGGCCGAGGCUGCCGCCGCCCCCGCUGCCACCACUGAGGACUGGACUGCCGGCACCCAGACCGACGCUGCGUUCGCCAGCGCCCCCGCCGCCGCUGAGGGCCUUGACUGGUCGGCCGAGCCCGGCACCGCCGACUGGUCGGCUGAGCCCGCUGCCUAA